UUCAACCGAACUUGCCCACAAACAAAAUUAAACAACCGUGGGAUCAUCUAAGUAUUUAAUGCCUAAUACAUUUACAUAGUAUAGUGCUUGCCAAGAGAAACUCGAGACUAAUCUUUCCAGACAUAAGAAGUCAUGAUAGAAUCUCAUUGAGGGGACUUUGACCAUCCUUCCCUUCUUUUCCUACAAAGGUGCCAACGCAGAUGUGUGCGUCAUCACUUCUCUUUUCAUCUCCCGUUACCAACCUAGCUCAGCAGUUCAACUCACCCAAAUGUCCGCCGACUUCGCCGACCGGGACCCACUCGUCGGCGAUCCCUAUCCCCUCCAAGCCGGACAACCCGACCACUCCGACCACUGGCCCAUGGUCCCCACCACCAUCGUCUCCGCUUUCGUCCUCUUCCUCCUGGGCUCCUUCAUCCUCUUCGCAUGCCAUCGGUUCGCCGACACUACCGCGUCUCAUCCCUCCGUGUCGCAGCGCAAUCAGUACGUGCGGCCGCCGCCGCCGGCUGAUGCGCUUUGCCCGGAGACUGUGGCGGCUCUUCCGGUGAUUCGUGCGGGUUCGGGUCAGGGAUUUCAUUGCUGCGCCGUGUGCCUCGCUGAGUACGAGGAGAGAGAGAUGGUGAAAUUGAUGCCGGUCUGCGGCCACGUGUUCCACCCGCAGUGCAUCGACGCGUGGCUGUUGUCCCGCGGCUCAUGCCCCGUAUGCCGCUGCUCCGACCUGUUGGGAUCGAGGACAGGGGAGCUGAGGGUGGAUGUGUUUGAAAGCGAAGGUGAAGGGAGGGAGGAGGAAGAAGAGGAGGAGGAGGAACAUCGUGAAGAUACGCAUAGGAAGCUCGGGAGGAGCCGGAGCUGCAAUUCCAAAGUGGCAGUGCAGGGAACUGGUAUGGUAUUCCUGCAGCGCAGUUGCAGCUUUUGAUGAAACGAUAGGGAUGGUUUUAGUUCUUCUGCUUUGGAAGCAGGGCCAUCGGAUAAGACGAAAAGGAGUCGAUGGAACACUGUAACCGCUAUUUUCCGAUGAGGAUAAGGGUUUGGUACUGCAUGUGAACCAUGUGUGGCAUGUAUUUUGCAGCUGUUUAGUUCCAGAAAUAUUAUGAAUGUACUGUAAAUAAAUAUAAGAGUUUUAAUAUUUUUUUUAAUAUUUAAUUAAAA